CAGCUACAGCUCCAACGGGACCCCUAGCCUGGGAACCUCCCCAUGCCAUAGGUGUGGCCCUAAAAAAGAAAAAAAAAAAAUCAAAUGAUCACAACCCCAUAACUUGAUAACCAAUUUAUAUUUUCGGACUGGAGGGCAAAAAUUAAGCCCAUCCAUUAUGUAAAGUGACUUGUCAAUUUGCACCCAAGUAGGUAUGGUUCACAUACACACUUUAAACCCAGUACACACCUCACUCCUUUACCAUGUGAGCACGGCGAGACCACAGAAAGCAUUGCAAGGACUGCAAACCACACAGGACACUUUUAUGGUGGUGACACAAACAAACAAGGGGCGCUUAAAUGAGUGAUAUCACUUAUAAGUGGAAUCUUAAAAAAGAUGCAAAUGAACAUAUUUGCAGAACAGAAACAGACUCACAGACUUUGAAAACAAACUUGUGGGUACCAAAGGGGAUAAGUGGGGGCAGGGAGGGAUGGACCAGGAGGUUGGGAUGGGCAGAUGCACCCUGAGGUAUAUGGAAUGACUGGCCAUCGGACACCUGCCAUAUAGCAUAGCGAACUCUACCCGGUAUUCUGUAAUAAUCCAUGCGGGGAAAGAACCUGUAAGAGAAUGGAUGUGGGCACGUGUAUAACUGAACCGCUUUGUUGUCCAGCAGAAAUUAUCACAACCUUGUAAGUCAACUCUACCUCAAUAAAACCUUAAAAAAAUGAAAAAAUGACUUGUAAUAUUAAUUUUAAAAGAAGACAUAAACCAUUUUCAAGGCACAGGCUCAAAAUCUGUGGGAAUAUUAUUUUCCUUAUGCCCAAUCAAUUGUAUCUAUAAUUACUGAUUGGCCAAAUUUUCCCUUUUCUUUCCUUAUUUGGUCAAAAGGAAAGUAUUUCCUAUGAAGAUUUUCUGAAAAAAAGCAUUUUUAUCCUCCCGGCACAUGGCAACAGUGUCCUUAUUUAGCAACUUGAAGUUAUGCCUGUUUUAUGAGGCAUAAAACUCUUCUUCAGCAAAUAAACAACACUAAUGAGUGUUCAUAUGAAAACUGGCACCGGAAAACAUCCGGUGCUUUGCGUGCUUUGCGUAAAUACCCAUUUGGGGGCUGAUAUAAAAGUCUCCGGAGAGAAGGAGACUUUUGGAGGCAGGCAGCUGGAGUUUUGCAACUAGUCUCUGCCCUUCUCGUCUGAUAGGAUGGCUUCUGACUGUUCCCCCUCCUGCUGCUCUUCUGCGUCGAGGGCCGGGGCUUCUGAUGGCGCGAUUGCUUCAACCGGUCCCGUGGACGCCACGUGUCUCCCCAGCGCCUGUGCCACCUCCAGAUGCCACACUCCCAGGUCCUGUGCAUCAGCUGGUUGCCUCAGGCCGCGCUGCUUGGCCGGGAGCUGCCACGCUCCGUGCCUGGUGGGGAACUGUGUCUGGGGUGAGGAUGGCGCGUUCAACAGCAACGAGAAGGAGACGAUGCAGUUCCUGAACGACAGACUCGCCAACUAUCUGGAGAAGGUGCGCGGGCUGGAGGAGCUGAAUGCGGAGCUGGAAUGCAGGAUCCGGGAACAGUGUGAAGAGGACGCCCCGUCGGUGUGCCCUGAUUAUCAGAGUUACUUCGACACCAUUGAAGAGCUCCAACAAAAGAUCUUGUGUACGAAGGCAGAGAACUCAAGACUUGCUGUACAGCUUGACAACUGCAAACUGGCUGCCGAUGACUUUAGGUCAAAGUACGAUGCUGAGCUGUCCCUCCGCCAGCUGGUGGAGAUGGACAUUAGCGGCCUGCGUGGGAUCCUGGGGGAGCUGAGCCUGUGCCAGUCUGACCUGGAAGCUCAUGUGGAGUCUCUGAAGGAUGAUCUCCUUUGCCUUAAGAAAAACCAUGAAGAGGAGGUCAACGUGCUUCGUGAACAGCUGGGGGACCGACUCAGUGUGGAGCUAAACACUGCCCCCACCGUGGACCUCAACAAGGUCCUGGAUGAGAUGCGUGGUCAGUAUGAAACCGUGCUCGCCAACAACCACAGAGACAUGGAAGAAUGGUUCGCCGUUCAGACGGAGGAGCUGAACCAGCAGCAGCUGUCCAGUGCAGAGCAGCUGCAGGGCUGCCAGACGGAGAUGCUGGAACUGAAACGCACAGCCACUGCUCUGGAGAUUGAACUUCAAGCACAGCAAAGCCUGACGGAAUCUCUAGAAUGCACGGUGGCAGAAACCGAGGCCCAGUAUAGCUCGCAGCUGGCCCAGAUGCAGCACCUCAUCGACAGCGUGGAGACCCAGCUGGCUGAGAUCCGCUGCGACCUGGAGCGUCAGAACCAGGAGUAUGAGGUGCUGCUGGACACGAAGGCCCGGCUGGAGUGUGAGAUCACCACGUACCGGGGGCUCCUGGAGAGCGAGGACUGCAGGCUUCCCUGUAACCCAUGCACUGCAACCAGCGCAUCAAGCAAUGCUUGUGAGCCAUGCUCAGCGUACAUAAUUUGCACCGUUGAAAACUGCUGUGCAUGAAGGUGUAAACACCCAGCCCUGCAGAUGGUGGGAUGGAAUCGAGCAGCAUCUCGGGAAGGGGACGGCGCUUCAUUCGAGGACACCCACACUUGAAACUCAAGUCAAGAAGACUUUCAUAGGAGUCCCGUUGUGGUGCAUCGGAAAUAAAUCCUACCAGGAACCAAGAGGGCUGGUUCGAUCCCUGGCCUCGCCCAGGGUGUUGGGGAUCUGGC